GAAAAAUCCCAACGUGCAGGAAAAUGGACAAAGAGAGAGAGAGUACUAAAGAGGCAAAACCCAAAAACUAGUACUCCAUUUUUGAGAUAGAAAAAAUCGACUCUGUGUUCGCAGCAAAAUUCAUAGGUUUUUCAAUCAUAUAUUCACCCAAAUCUCAAUCCCAAUUUCACAAUCCCAAUUUCACAAUCCCUACUUCGCAUCCCUCUCUCAGCUUCUUCUUCUGAUUUUCCUUCGAUUCUGAAUUCUCACUCACUGAUUACGGAGGUAUAGAUGCUUGGAAAAGGUGUUUCGAGAGAGUACUUUCAACCCCGGACAUGUUCUACGGGGAAGAAUGCAUCCAAAACUGGUCAGGCGAAAAGGGAUUUAGAGAAUAUUGUUUACAUUGACUUAGAUAGUGAUCAAUUUGAUGAUGUAGAAAUCAUAGAUUGUCCUGAGGCUGUUUUAGAAAAAUUGCGCGGUUUUAGUGGGCCAAGUAAAGAUAGAACAUCGACACCGCAGAGUGUUAUUAGCAUUGAUGACGAUGAUGAUGAUGAGAGUGAUGAUGUGGAUCAUUCUGGAAUUGAUGUUGAUGGUGUUGGAGAGUUUGAUAGUGAUGCCUCUUCAAACAAAAGGUUUUCUACGCCCUCAAGUGUGCGAAAUUCUGUACAUGUAGAUGUUGAUGAUUGUGACGUGUAUGAAAAAGAUUCUGUUUCAAAGAGGCAAAAAAGUAAUGAAGUAUUCUCUUCGAAGGCUGCUGUAAGAAAUCGUUAUGGUUUAUAUGGGUCUGAAAUUGAGUCAUCUGAUAGUGAUUGUUCUGAUUGUGAGGUCAUAAAACGUGAACAGUGGGAAAAGGUUUCAGCAAAGAGAAAGGGCCGUGUAUUUAAUGAGCGUGCCAGUUCUUCUGGUUUACAUAGAAAUAAUUACAAUAAUAUAGAAGUGGAAAAUAGGUCUCAAAGGCAUGGGAAGGGUCCUUUAUAUGGUCCUAGCAGUAGUAAUAAUGUCAAGGAGAAUCGAUCUUCCUUCGCUGUUAAGGAUGAUAUCCAGCAUGGAGAAAGGACAACUAAAGAAAAAGUUUAUCCCUGCACCAAGAAAAACUGUAAUUUCUGUAAUGGUGUUACUGGUUCUUCAGGGUCCAAGAAUGAAUUGGGUGAUGAAGAGUCUACUAGAUUUAAGGAUGAUAUUCAGCAUGGAGAAAGGACAACUAGAGAAGAAGUUUCUGCCUGCCCCAACUCUGAAAAUUCUAAUUUUAAGGGUCAUGAGUUUGAGUUACAUACUCAAGAUGCUGAUCUUACUGCUUCAAAUGAGAAGAAUAUAAUUAAUGAAAAAGAAAAGCAUAAGGAAACCGAUUUAUAUAAAAAAGCCGAGGAAGAGGAAUUGGCAUCCAGACAGCGAGCAUUACAAAUUCAGGCAGAAGAAGCACAAAAAAUGCGCACAAUGCGCAAAAGAAAAAAGGCUGAAAAUAGCCGAUUGCUGGAAAGUCAAAGAAGGACAAAGGAACGCCUUGAAGAUAUGAGAGAGACAGAAAAGAAGGAACUAGAAUUAAAGAACACGAAAGAUAAAAUGCGGGUCGAAAUAAAGAAGAGGCUCAAUCAAUUGGAGAGGCAAUGCACGGAUAUGACCUCACUGCUUCGUGGCUUAGGAAUAAAUGUGGGGGAAAGUCUUAGACCUUCGCCAAGCGAGGUGCAUGCUGCCUAUAAAAAGGCUAUGUUGAAGUUCCAUCCAGAUCGUGCAUCAAAAACCGACGACAUUAGGAAGCAAGUUGAGGCUGAGGAGACGUGCAAACUCCUCUCAUCCGUAAAGGAGAAGUUUUGUUCGACUUCAUGGCGCUAGAUAAACUCCCACGUAUGAAUGGAUCUGGGUAAUGUUUUAAUUGAAGUGCCUCCGCUUCAUUUGAUUUUUUGUAUUUAUUUUUUUACUUCAUUUAGUCUUGUCUACCUUCCCCCAAAUUUAAUGGCAGGAUAAAAGGUUAGAGAACAAGAACAUGUAAAGGUUAUAACUCUUAGGAAAUGUUAGUUUUUUAAAGAAAAAAAAGGAAAUGCCAGUUUUUUAAGAUGGGCUGUAAAAGUAAUCGAUUUAUUGUAUUCUUUAGUACAUGUUGAAGAAUUUAGGGGCUAGCAAAAAGAUACGGAAACAAAUGGAUCUGUGAUACUAACUGCUACCCUCGCCCCAUAUUUUGCUAUCCAUAUUGCCAUCUAGUUAAACGAGUCUUUGGAA